AUGGCUGCUGUGUACGGCGGCGUGGAUGAGAGGAGUGGGUUUUUACCCAUUUUGGCUAGAGAUGCUUAUGUGGUGGGCAAGGAUGUUACUGAAUCAAUUCUUCAUGCAGUGAAUAAUGGUCUAUUUCCAGCUGCCAUUAAUCACACUUAUGUCACCUUGAUUCCAAAGAGAAAAAACCCUGAGCUAGUGUCUGAUUAUAGACCAAUAAGUCUAUAUAAUAUGAUAAACAAGUUGAUUUCAAAGAUUCUAGCUAAUAGAUUGAAGCUGUGUUUGCCUGCUAUCAUUUCACCAUCUCAAAUAGCUUUUGUUCCUGGGAGACUUAUAACUAACAAUGUGUUAGUUGCUUAUGAGAUGAUCCAUUUUCUUAGAAGGAAGAGAAAAGGGAAGGAUGGCUUCAUGUCACUAAAAUUGGAGAUGAGUAAGGCUUAUGAUAGGGUAGAGUGGAGUUUUCUUCAGAAAGUGAUGGAACAGAUGGGGUUUAGUGAAAAAUGGGUGAAGCUGAUUAUGUUUUGUGUUCAGACAAUUUCUUUCUCUAUUCUUGUGAAUGGAGAGCCAAAGAGACCUAUAUUUCCAACACGUGGUUUGAGACAAGGGAAUCCUAUUUCUCCCUAUCUUUUUCUACUUUGCACUGAAGGUCUAAUUCUUUUAUUGAAUCGGGCUAAUUCACAUAAUCAGGUAGAGGGGAUUCGAGUUUGUAGAUGGGCUCCUAAGCUAAAUCAUCUGUUAUUUGCAGAUGAUGUGGUUCUAUUCUGUAGAGUAAAUAUGCAAACAUGCUUAACUCUCCAACAUAAGCUGGAUAUUUAUGAGAAAGCUUCUGGUCAAAAGAUCAACCGUGAGAAAACCUCAAUGGUCUUCAGUCAGAAUGUAAACCAAUCCCAACAGGAUGAGAUUAUGCAGUUUUGGGGAGUACAUCAGUUUCAACAAUAUGAUAAAUAUCUCGGAUUGCCACCAAUGGUUGGAAGAGGUAAAUAUCAAGCAUUCUCAUCUUUAAACCAUAGAGUUUGGGCCAAAAUGCACGGGUGGAAAGAGAAGCUAUUAUCACAAGGGGGCAAGGAAAUUUUAUUAAAAGCUAUGUCAUUGUCAAUACCAACAUACACUAUGAGUUGUUUUAAGCUACCAAGAUCAUUAUGUUCUGAAUUGGAAGGGAUGAUGGCAAGGUUUUGGGUGGGACAGAAAUCAAAUGAAAGAAAAAUAUGUUGGAUAAACUGGAAGAAAAUGUGUGAAUCAAAGCUUAGUGGUGGAUUGGGGUUCAAGAAUUUGCAGAUGUUUAAUAUGGCCCUUUUAGCAAAGCAAGGUUGGAGGAUUAUGACACAGGAAUCAUCUCUACUUCAUAGAAUUUUUAAAGCUAGAUAUUUUGCUACUUCUAGUUUUAAAGAUUCAAAGUUAGGUGGUGCCCCUUCAUUUGUUUGGAGAGGAAUUUGGGAAGCUAAAACAAAUCUACUCAAAGGCUGCAGAUGGCGUGUUGGAAAUGGUUUAUCUAUUAAUAUCUGGACUGAUUAUUGGCUUCCAAACCACAAGUUGGUUCCUAUUACUACUACAACUACAACGAGUUCAGUUUCUGAGAUGGACAAUUCUGUGGCUUCUUUGAUGAUGCAGAAUCCUAGAAGAUGGGAUAUGGAGAAGGUAAGAAGCUUGAUACUAGCAAGGGAGGCCAAUGAGGUGCUUUGUAUCAGACUGCCAUCAGAGAAUGUACCUGACACACUGGUAUGGGAACAUGAGAAAAGUGGAAUGUAUUCUGUCAAGAGUGCUUAUCAGUUUUUUCUCUUUAUGGAAACAGAUAGACAAAGGGCUGAGUGUUCAAGUGCUGCAGACCAAAAUCUUUUAUGGAAGAAGUUAUGGAAGCUAAAUAUAUCUCAUCGAAUUAGAGUCUUUGCAUGGAGGACAUGUAAAAAUAUUCUGCCUACACUGCAGAAUCUUAAACCUCGGAAAGUGAUUGAUAAUGCCAAUUGCCAGUGUGAUCAAUGCCGAUCUGGUAUUGGUGUGGUACUAAGAGAUGACAAGGGACAAGUGACUUUUGCUACUAGUAAACCAGAAAAUGCCCUUACUGAUCCAAUGGAAAUAGAGUUGACUGCUAUUUUGAGAGGGAUACAGUUGUGUAUUCCUCUAGGUAUUGUUGAGCUUCAAAUUGAAAUUGAUGCACUUGUUGUAAUUGAAGAACUCAAAAAGGAAGGAAGGUCAUCAACCUUGUGGAGUACACUUAUUCAAGAAAUCAAGGCCCUUCUAUCCACCCUUCCUAAUUGGUCUAUUCAGUAUAGGGGUCGUGAAUCUAAUGGUGUAGCACAUGCUCUAGCUAAAUUUGCAUGGCAUCUUGAUGAUAUAGCUCUAUGGCAGGCUGAUAAGAAGGGUAAGCCAAGUAGGCAAGAAAGAGCAAGGGAAGGGCGGUUGGAUCAUAACCUCAGACUGGUGCACAAUAAUUUAAGCUUACGAGAAGAAGAGAAAGAAAAGGAAAGCCUCCGCCUUAUCAAACCAGGCUGUUGGUACUGCAAGUAUCAUCAGACGAGCUUGCACUGGACUGAAGACUGCAUGACCAUGAGAAAGAGAGUUGUUGAGUUAGCAGGAACCGGCGAGUUGGAGGGAAUGGUGGCAGAGCGGUCAAAGCCUAGAAGGCGUCAGGAGACUAGGACAAGACGGGACCUUGUCACCCCUCCACCUGUGGCGGUAACUUACGAGAGAGACAUAGAAGUCAGGGAUGACCGCGUUCAGCAACAUGCAGAAGUCAACGAACCUUUAGAACUCGUGACAUUAUACACUGACUGCCCUGGGACUACUACCCGUAUCGGGACACAAGUCCCGCUAGCAGAUAGAGAAGCCCUGAUACAGUUGUUGAUAGAACACAGGGAUAUCUUGGCAUGGAGCCAUGAAGAGAUGCCCGGUAUAGAAAACAAGGUCAUUGAGCAUUGCUUAGGAGUGGACCCAACGCACAAGGCAAUGCGACAGAAGAGGAGAUCGUUUAGCAUGGAAAAGUAA